AUAGAUAAUUGUGCCUUCGUUGUUAACUUUUCUAUGGAUUACAGGGGAUGUAGGCUUUAGACUGAUAUACGGUAUGUAUCUUGUUGACUUAAAAGGUAUUUAAAUUCUCACAAUUGCAGCUGUUUCCCACUGUUCACUCAAGAUUUGAGCACCAUUGGCUGAAGGGAAAUGCUGCUCUGUAAUCUCUUCAGCUUUCCCCUAUUUGGAGUAAUGAGCAAAGAUUCUGAGUGCUGUUAACCUGGAAGAUAACAAGUUUGCUUCUGUAAAACCAUGCCUAUUCUUUAGUAUUUACUUCACUUCUAAAUAACGUCAUACUUGUGACUGGCUGCCUUAGGUUUUCUACACUUGUUUUUAAAUCUGUGCCUAAUAUACAAAGCAUCAGUGAGAAAAAAGUUGCAGAUAAACAAGGUGUUCUGUCCUGUAUUCAUUGUUUGUCGCAAGGGGUGGGAUGUAUUAUUUUCUGGGAUACACUUGACUAAUCUAACUGGUACUUUGUAAUCAUAGGAUGGAGAGCCUGUUUUAACUUUUGUUUUCUGUACUCUUUUGAUCAAAGGCUAGCCUCUGAGGGUAAGUGACUAAGACUUCUCCUCUGCUGUCCAAGCCCUUUGGUGCAGGGAUAGCUGCCGUCUUCAGUCAAUCCCAAGCAGGUUCCCCAGAAAGAAGGCUGCCUCUGGUCAGGAACUACAUGAAUGACAGUCUGCGUACUGAUGUCUUUGUGAUGUUUAAUCCAGAAACCAUUGCAUGUGCUUGCAUUUACUUGGCUGCUAGAACACUAGAGAUCCCUCUGCCCAAUUGUCCUCACUGGUUUUAUUUAUUUGGUGCAUCAGAAGAAGAUAUAAAGGAGAUAUGUCUACAGAUUUUAAGACUUUACACCCGCAAAAAGGUAGAUCUUGCUCUCCUUGAAAAUAAAGUGGAGAAAAGAAAAGUUUUUAUUGAAGAAGCUAAGGCAAAGGCAAAAGGACUGCUGCCUGAUGGAACACCCCUUUUAGACAAUGCGCCAGAAUUUUCACCCAGCUUGAAAAAUGACUCACCAAAGGAAUUAAAAGCAAAUAAGCCUUCACCUCUCUUUGUUCAUGCACUGAAAAACUGUAAAAGGAAAGUUGAUGGGACAAAGCGACCUACGUCAUCCAGCCCUGUUAAUGGACUUCCUAAAGGAAGGGAAAGCAGAAGUGGCAGCAGAACUAGAGAUAAGAGCUACUCACGUUCUCAAUCUAGGUCCCAGUCACCUAAAAGAAGGAAAAGUGAGAGCUAUUCUCCAUCCAGCGAUUCAAAGUCUCGCAGUCAUUCAAGAAGCCGUAGUGACUCUCCGCCUCGUAAACCAAACAGUGGCCCUUACAAAAGCACAAAAGGCCAUAUGUAUGGGAAAAGUAGUGAUUCUAAAAACCAGGGGCAUAAGAGAAGGUCCCGUAGCAAGAGCUCCUCACCCUCUCACAGUCGUUCCCGUGAUAGUUCAGAUUCUGGAAAAUACAAGAAAAAAGACCACUACUACAGACGAGAGAGGUCACGGUCUUAUGAGAGAGUUAGUCACAGAGGCUAUGACCGGGAAUAUCGCAGCCACAGUCAUCAUAAAAGAUAAAACUCACACUGGACAUUUAUUUUAUUUUUGUUCUGGCAUUUCUUACCUCUGAAUUAAAUGUGCCAAGUGUAUGAAAUAGCUGCAGGAAAAUUAUAUUUGUAUGUCCAAUUCGUUAAGAACUACACGGCAAUGAUGACAACCUAUGGUGCUAGUUAUGCAGUGGCUUUUAUUAAGCCUUUAACAUUUUAUUGGAAAAAAUGGUUGACUUGCUGCUGUGAUCAUGUUAAGCAAAUGAGCGUCGCAGAUAUGGUUUGCCAGUUGUCAUAUUUUUGAUAAGCAUUCAAGAAAUAAGGAAAAACUGACUUUAUUGGCAAGUGGCAUACUUUCCCUUUGUCCCAAUACAUUAGAAAUGUAACACCCCCUUCGUAAUGCUGAGUAUACCUAUAUUAGGUUAUACCCAAAGAGUGAUCUUGCUUGCCAUGGAAACAAAAAAAUAUCUAUUAAAAUAUCUGCUUGUUACUUAUUAAGGACUUGUCUGAAUAAAUACCUUCCUCCUCACCCCCCCCCCAGAAAUUUUUCUGUAAAGUAUUUUUGAAUUUUUUUUUCAUGUCAUUUUUUUUAUAUUAAAAGCUGCGUGCAGGUCACGAGCAGUCACAUUUCAUAUUCGAAGGGUUUUAGUGUUCUAGAAAAAUGCAGGUGUACUCAGGAAAUUGAUGGCUUAAAGAAGGCCAACAGCUGUCAUUCUGCUUGUUUAAUAUAUAUAUUAAAGCCAACCACAGCCACGGUUAUAUCAGUUUUAUUGGUAUCUACGCUGUAUUUCUCAUUAAAAUAUGAAAUUUUA